GCCGAGAUUUCAGUCAACAAAAGCCUUGUCAUUUCCUUCAAUCCCUUCUAGAAAGUGAUAAUAGUUGUUGGAGAACUCCGAUUCGAGAAGGCAAGAUGGUCACGGCUGCAGCGGAGGAAGAGGCACCCUACGCCAUUUUCUUGGGAUGUUUGGGGGCUGCGAUCGCGAUUAUUUUCACAACCCUUGGAGCUUCUUACGGAACAGCAGUGUCCGGGGUUGGAAUUGCCAGUAUGGCCGUGAAUCGGCCCGAAAUGAUCAUGAAGUCCAUUAUACCCGUCGUGAUGGCCGGGAUCAUUGCGAUCUACGGCCUGGUGGUUGCCGUCCUGAUAGCCGGAUCGAUCGGCGACGAGUACACGGUGCAGACGAGCUAUGCGCAUUUGGGAGCCGGUUUGUCCGUGGGACUGCCUGGACUUACGGCCGGAAUAGCCAUUGGAAUCGCCGGGGACGCCGGAGUCCGGGGCACCGCCGAGCAGCCCCGCCUCUUCGUGGGCAUGAUCCUGAUCCUGAUCUUCGCCGAGGUGCUGGCCCUGUACGGCCUCAUCGUGGCCAUCUACUUGUACACCAAACUUUAGGGUGAUUAAAUUGUUUUUGCCACAUUGCCAUCACUCAACCGCUCAAAAAAUCACCGAUUUCUAAGUUUAAUUUUUAAUAUCGAAUAAUGCAACUAACUCAUUAUAACUUAACUAAAUUUCGGGGAAUUUCAAAAAUAAAGAUUUACUAUUGA